ACACAACGUAAUUAGAAUUUUGAUGACAUCUCCUUGGUUCAUUCGAAUUCGUCAGGCACAAAUACUAAAGUUUGAUUUUUGUAUCCGAUUGAAUGAAUGAAUUAUUCGAGAUUAUUAUUUACAAAAUCGCCCCAAGACUCAAAAGAGAUUUUAGCAUCCCCUCUUGCGAUUACUACUCGACAUACUCCAUACACUCCUGCUUUAUUGAUGAUUUAAAACCCUAACCCCAAAUACCAACAACGCAGGCAUCUUCAAGUCCAUUUUUCCUACACCAAAUUCAGGCUAAUCAUCCCAACAUAUCUAUCUCAAUGCAGAAAACUCGGCCUUUGUUGAUUCUAUAUGCCACUGAAACGGGCAACGCGUUAGAUGCUGCGGAACGAUUAGGCCGUGAAGCUGAAAGAAGAGGUUGCCCCGUUCGUGUACUUUCCUUGGACGAAUUUGAUCCGAGCUCUUUACCUUACGAGAAAUUUGUAAUUUUUGUCGUCUCCACAACUGGACAAGGCGACACUCCAAACCCCAUGAAGGCAUUUUGGACAUUUCUUUUGCAAAGAAGUUUAGGUCAACAAUGGCUAGAAAACACACAUUAUGCGGUCUUUGGAUUGGGCGAUUCAGGUUACCAGAAAUACAAUUUUGUGGCAAAAAAGCUUGAAAAAAGACUCGCAGAUCUCGGUGGAACCGCUGUUAUUGAAAAAGGUUUAGGAGACGAUCAACAUCCUUCAGGGUAUGAAGGAGCCUUAGACCCAUGGAUGUCAUCUUUAUGGACAAUGUUAUAUAACAAAAAUCCACUUUUGUUCCCCAAAGGUGUCGAUAUUUCGGUUUCUGAUAUAAAGACGCUUCAUCCACCCAAAGUAGAUAUCACAUAUUUUGACUCUCGUGAAGUUUAUUCACGAUCUUCCACAGAAAUUGAUUUGAAGUCAUUUGAGAAGGAAAUAGUGACAUCUCGGUCAAUGCUGUCUGGAAAAAGCUCCAGUGACAAGAGUAAACCCGACUGCUUUUUGAAAAUGGUGAAAAGUCAUCCAAUAAGUAGACCAGAUUGCGGGAAAGAUGUACGCCAUUUUGAAUUUGAGGCGCUUUCAUCCACAAUCAAUUAUGAAGUUGGUGAUGUUGUCGAGAUUCUCCCAGGACAAAGCCCUGAAGCUAUAGACGCCUUUAUAAAGCGUUGUAAUUUGAAUCCGGAAUCAUAUGUCAUUGUUAAGCAUAGAAACAAAGAUGAUUUUCUUGAGGAUGGUGUAACAAACGUCCCCAUAAAUUUAAAAAGAUUUAUUGAGUUGACUAUGGAUAUCGCAUCAGCUUCGCCUAGACGUUACUUCUUUGAGGUGAUGAGUUUUUUCGCCAGUGCUCAACAUGAGAAGGAGAGACUUGAAUAUUUUGCUUCACCCGAAGGACGAGAUGAUCUUUAUCAAUACAACCAGAAAGAACGAAGGACCGUUUUGGAGGUACUUGAGGAUUUCCCCUCCAUUAAUAUGCCAUUCGAGUGGCUAGUACAGCUGAUUCCUCCCUUGAAAACACGCGCCUUUUCGAUCUCUUCUUCUAUUUUGGUUCACCCGAAUCAAGUACACCUCACUGUGAGCAUAGUUUCGUGGACCACUCCUUUCAAGAGAAAACGCAGCGGUUUAUGUUCCAGUUGGCUAGCUUCACUCGAUCCUAACCAAAGAGUCUGCAUACCGGCAUGGUUCCACAAAGGCGCUCUUCCUGCACCCGAGCCAUCACUCCCACUCAUCCUCAUUGGGCCCGGAACGGGUUGUGCACCUUUCCGUGGGUUUGUGGAGGAACGGGCCUUAAUGGAGAGUAAAGCCGUACCAACUUCUCCGAUUCUUUUCUUUUUCGGGUGUCGAAACGAGCAAAAUGAUUUUUUGUACAAAGAUUUUUGGGCUCUUCAUUCGCAAAAAGGUAAGGCGCUUUCUGAAGAAAAAGGUGGCGGGUUUUAUGUUGCUUUUUCAAGAGACCAGCCACAGAAAGUUUACGUUCAAGACAAGAUGCGUGAACAGAGCGCGAAAGUAUGGGAUUUGUUGAGUAGAGGGGCUGCGGUUUAUGUUGCGGGUUCUUCGAAUAACAUGCCGUCGGAUGUGUUGGCGGCGUUUGAAGACAUUGUAGCGGAAGAAGGCGGUGUGUCCAGAGAAGCUGCUGUAAGAUGGCUGAGGAUGUUGGAGAAAGGUGGCAAGUAUCAUGUUGAAGCCUGGGCUUGAAUUUGGAGAUGUUACAAAUUUUAUUAUUUUUUUUUAGUUUAUUUAUUUUUGUCUUUAUAUGCACCAGAUGGGGACAUGGGGUUAGCUAGAUAGAAAGAAGUUGUAUAAGAUAAGAGCAGAAGAAACUGCACAAAAUGGAUUUUAACAAUUUUUUAAAAGCGAGUCAAACUUGUUUUUCUUUUUCUAA